AUGACACGGUGCAAAUACUGUCGAGACGAGUACACCGAGCUCGCCUUUGAUGAUAUCAGCGGGACUUGGGCUUGUCCCUCGUGUGGUCAAGUAGACUCAUCCGCCACGGAGAGACAUCAAUACGUGGAUGUAUCGAGAUUUAUCGGGAGUAUCGUGGAUACAGAUAAGCAGAUUCAGGUUAGAGAGCAAUGGGAUAAAACAGAAGUCCAGUUUCAGCAAGAGAUCGAAGCUAUAGUCGAUCUUUACCUCGGUGUUAGAUCACAACACACCAGCAUCAUCGCCGGACCCGCUGCCGACCUCAAGAGCGGUGCCAAACAAUGGUUCGAACGUAUGCGAGCAGUGGAGAAACUACAAUGCGAUCGAAAACACCUUUCUUACAAAGCUCAGAAUAGAAAAAUAAAAUACAUGGUAGCGAUAGCUAUCAAGUUUGCUAUUCAAGAGAGUCUCAUCAUCGUGCUGCAGAACAAAUUGGAAUUUGCUGGUAUCAAAAAGAAAAGAAAAAAUUUACCGGGUUAUACCAAAGGUGAUGAUAGGAUAAGUAACCCCACUCUACACGAGAUAUUUUGUCAAGCCCACGCUUUCUCCGCCGAUAGUUUUGGGCAUCUGGAUAGUGAAGAUUACCUUCGACACAUGUUCGCAAAAUUCUCAAAAUGGGUCAAUUUCGUCAUGUCACCUAUGGAAACCACUCUCCUUCAUGUCAUGCAAAUCACCAAAAGACUUCGAUUCCUUGUCGAUCAGCCUCACGAAGAACGAAUCAAACACCUCAAAACGAAACCUAAUGUCAGUAAAGGUAAAAGGGAGUGGUUCAAUUCCGAUUUCGUCGAUCUCCGAGGUAUAGACUGGGAUCAAGUCUUACCCCAUGCCUUCCAUCUGUACCAAUUCCAGGAAUGUACCAGACUAUGGUUGAAUGGAUCCAGUCCGAGUUUGGCUAUCGCUUUAACUGUAUGGGCGGUCCAAAGUUCAUCUGAAAUGAUCAUGAAUCAGUAUUCAGCUCUACAGCAGGAAUUGGCCGCGGAAUAUGGUUUGUCCCAUUAUGUGGCUGCGGAGAAGUUCAGAGAUAUGAGAAAUAUGAUCAUCGGUUGGUCCACCUCUAUCACCGAUGCUGGUCUACCAUUCCCCGUAUUGCCUUUACCGCAUAAAGGUGCCUUUGGUGAUGGACAAACGGGAUAUAAAGGUGAUAGUCGAAGACCUAUACCCGAAAUCGACAUGGCAGUAGCGGCGGCCCCUACUAUAGUCAAACAUUGGCGACAGAUCCUCAAAGCCAGACUCAAGUACAGGUUAGAUGUCAUGACCCUAGAUGACGAAUUAUGGCUAUGUAGGAAGAUGUUUGUGGUGUCUGGUCAAGUCCAUCACUAUGCGCAAGAUCCACUCGCUCAGCUCACUCGUGAUCAAGUAAUUCAGCGAGGGCCUCAACCUUUGGACGGGAACAGGAAGAAAAUGAAACCCCGCGUAUCCUUCAAGUUCCGGCUGAACGCAGAAGCCGCGAGACAAGCAAUCGUCCACUUCGAACCGCUCAAAAGGGCACGAGCUAAACCACCGCCAGUCAGUUGUUGGACACCCAGUGGAUCGACCUUACUGUAUAAUCCGAUGCACAUGCCAAUUCCUAUGUUCACUUCUAUGUAUCAGCAAUCUCAACAGUUCGUAGCUCCACCAGAGGAAAGAUCGCUUCAAAGGAUGAUUGAAGAACCCGAUCCCUCUUCAGACGAAUAUGAUGGAUACAGCAGCGACGAGUACGAUAGUACACCUAAACCUCCUAGUCUUGCUCAAAUCAAUGCGAAUGCCAAAGCUGGAAUAAACGGUAAACAACCUUUCGCUUUCACCAUCGGUCCGACAGGUUUCAACAUCGAUACCAACUUCACCCCUCCACCUCCUGUUCGUCCUAUCAUACAACAACCGCUCGACUCGUCAUCUGACCUCUCUCAUUCUCCUGUCCCCAUGUCCCGCCAAUCGUCCACCCAAUCAUCAUCGGGUAUGGGUUCUGCUUCCGAAGCGGAAACUGUCAUUCGACAUCCUCACGGUAGACUUUCCGUAAGGAGUAUGCUUAAUACCCCUUCCACGAGUGGUCGAAGUACCCCUUCUCCUUCUCCGGUCAGUAAUUACAUGCAAACGAAUCGACCUUCUCCGACACCGUUACGAGUGAUACCUUCCAGCGGAUCAAGCAAGACCAUGUCUUCUACUACCCCUCUAGUCGAGUAUACAAAUACAGAAGACUCGCAUGUCGGUCUGCUCAUUAGAGAAAGAGACGAAUACAUCCAAUUCCGAUUACCUCAGGAAGGACGAGAUGGUCGGAUAUGUCCUUCCUUGGUCGAAUCGUACAUCUGGAGAUGGUUGAGGGAACAAGUGAAAAAUGGAAGUAUGCCGCGACAAAUUACUCCUGAAUAUUUACGAGGAAUAGGUAUAAUAGGCGAUCCGAGGAGAAUGGAUUUAGGUGGAUGGGUAGAAUCUAGGAAAUUUGAAUCCAGUCCAUUAGAAAGUCUUUUAAGGGCUGGAAUCAGACCUCAGGAAUUACCCGUUCAAUAUAUCCCUCAUUCGGUUAUUCAUACAAAAUUGUUACUUGAACAUCACAAUGACCCUUCGCCGUCACCUCUGAACAGGGAAGGCACCAAGAUUGAUUUGAGAAUGUGUGAGGAAGAGUUGGAUUUCCUGUGUUGUAAAGAUGCGGGAGAAGAUUAUAGGAUGUAUCUCCAGACGGAUAAAGAAGUGAAACUGAAAAGAAUGAGAUAUGAGAAGAAUGGACUUUGGGAUAAUCUGGUCGAAGGUGAAAUUGAUUAUAAUUCGAUUAGACCAAAAAACCAAAAAAGGAAACGAGCAAAUACAGAAGAUGAUGAAGAUGGUGAAGAAGAAGGAAAGGAAAGGGAAACACCGUUAUUGGAAUUCGAUGAUAUAGCAUUUGAUUCUCCGAUCUAUACCGCACAGGAGUUACCUGAUGUUGAUGAUGAUCCCGAGGAUCCCGAAGAUGUGGUAAUGAAAGAGACGGAGAAGGAGAAAACCAAGACCAGAAAGGAUUUAUCAAGAAUACGGAAUUCUUUAUUGGUCAAUUCACCUGGGAGGAGGGACUUUGAAGGUAUAAGUGGAUUGUUUAAGAAGAAGAAUAGGUAUAGAAGACAACAGGCUGAAGAAGAAAAAGAAGAAGAAGAAGCGGAAGAAGGAGAGAUCAUAGAAGAGAAUGAUUGGGGUGGAGUAGUGGGAUUGAAUUGGGAUGAGAUCGGAUUAACGGAGGAAUUUGGUGGGAGUGCGAUAGGUGGAAUCAUCGGUGAAAAUGAGGAUAAUGAGGAGAAUAGAAGGGGCUCUGGGAAGAUCAUAUCUUCGUCGGAAGUAAUGGAAGCACCGAUUAGGAAAUCGAGGAAGAAAUAG